AUGGCAUUGGCUUUGUUUCGUGGCAUGCCUAAGGCAUCAAUCAACCCCAAAGUGGUAAGCUAUAACGCUACCAUCAGCUCCUGUGAGAAAGGCUCGCAGUGGCAAGUGGCGCUGCAGCUUUUCGAGGAGAUACCACAUGUGAAGCUUGGACCUGAUGUGAUUAGCUACAACGCUACCAUCAGCUCUUGUCAGAAAGAUGGGCAGUGGCUCCCUGCACUACAGCUGUUCAAAUCUAUGGCAGACGUUGUGGUUAUAGCGGAUGCUAUUACAUAUAAUGCCACGAUUAGCUCCUGUGGGAAGUCCGGGCAGUGGCAGUUGGCCAUAAGCCUGCUUCAGGAUAUGCCGAAAGCCAAGAUUGCAGCCGACAUCAUUGGCUACACUGCCGCCAUCAACAGUUGCGAGAGGGGGAGGCAAUGGCAAUGGGCGCUACGCUUGUCUACGGCCAUUCGUGAAGCAAAGCUCCCUGCCGAUGCUAUGAGCAGCAAUGCUACCAUUAGCUCUGUGGGCAAAGCUGGGCAGUGGGAGUUAGCAGUACACCUGCUCAGCGCGAUGCCGAAGUGGAGACUGCAUGCAACGGUCAUCAGCUACAAUGCCGUCAUCAGCUCCUGUGAGAAAGGCCAGCAAUGGCCUUGGGCUGUGCAUUUUCUCUAUAGCAUGUCGGAGGGUGAAGUAGGUCCUGAUGUUAUCAGCUAUAAUGCCACUAUCAGCACUUGCGCGAAGAGCGCGCGGUGGCAGCUGGCUAUAUACCUGUUAGAUGUGAUGCCUGAAGCGGAACUGAAACCGAAUGUCAUCAGUUGGAACGGUGCAAUAAGCUCCUGUGAGAAAGGUCGGCAGUGGCAGCUGGCAGUGCGACUUUUCAGAGCGAUGCCGAAGACCAAGCUCUUGCCGAAUGUCAUCAGCUACAAUGCCACCAUCAGUUCUUGCGAGAAAGGCGCUCAGUGGCAGUUGGCUCUGGGUUUGCUGCACACCAUGCCUGACGAAAGCCUUCCGGCUGACGUCAUAAGCUACAGUGCUGCCAUCAGCUCCUGUGAGAAAGACGAGCAAUGGCAAUGGGCGCUGCACUUGUUCACCACUAUGGACAGAGCGACGCUUGACCCAGAGCUUAUCAGCUACAAUGCUGUCAUCAGUUCCUGUGAGAACGGCCGUAAGUGGCAGCUCGCGGCGCACCUAUUUGCUCGAAUGCCCCACGCCAAGGUCGGCAGAGAUAUCAUUAGCUACAAUGCCACCAUCAGUGCUUCUGCACGAGGGAGCCAGUGGCAACUAGCUACAUACCUCUACAAUGAGCUGCACCAAGACAUGCUUCAUGCUGAUGCUGUCAGCUACAAUGCUACCACGAGCGCCUGUGUUCAAGCGGCGAAGUGGCAGCUCAUGGCUCAAAUGUUGGGUGCCAUGAAGCAACGCGCAGUCGCUCCUCAUGUCAUCAGCUACGAUGCGGUGCUCAGCGCUUGCGAGAAGAGUGGACACUGUGGGGUCAACUUGCAGGUUGUCAAGUCCGUUCACGUACAAACUGUCGUGGCUGAUGUGUUCCUGGACGCUGCAGUACUGGAAUCUGUGUACAGCAAGUUGCAAGGCUACGGCAUAGCGACGCAGGUGCGAGACUUUAGAGUAUCUGGAGGCUUUCAUGCGAUGGGUUUCACAUCGCCUGUCGUGCGGAGCUGGCUUGCAGCAACGUUGCCCCCGCCGCCACGCAAUGCAAAGGCGCAUUGCUGUGGCAGCAGUAGAAUUGGUCCGGAGACGUGCAAUUAA